AUGGUUCCAAAGCUAAAACCAAAAACGGAUGUUCUCAUUGUCGGCGCAGGCCCAACUGGCCUUGUCCUUGCUCUGUGGCUUCACCACCAAGGUGUCAAUGUCCACAUCUUCGACCAGGCAGAGGCACCGGCGAAAGACUCACGAGCGAUAGUCGUUCACGCACGGAUAGUAGAGCUGUAUCGACAGCUUGGAUUGGCCGAAGACUUGCUGGCGCUCGGGUACAAGCUGCCGGCGACAAAUCUCUGGAUUGGUACAGAGCACAAAGCACACAUUUCGCUACGAGACUUCGGCCGCGAGUUGACUCCGUAUCCCUUCAUGCUGACUGCACCACAAGACGACCACGAAAAAAUGCUAGAAAAGCGACUGAACGACAUCGGCAUCUAUGUUGAACGAGGGUCGAAGUUGCAAGGCUUUGUGGACCACGGGACAAGCAUCACUGCUACCCUGUUCCGGGAGACAGAUGGGACCUCAACCACACUUGAGGCAUCAUACAUAGUCGGGUGUGAUGGAGCACAUUCGGCUGUUCGCCACGGGAUCGGUGCCAAAUUCGAGGGCGAGACAUACAAACCGCUGUUCUACAUCGCCGAUAUCGAAGGCAAAAGCGAGAGAUUCUUCAACGGCGAAGGUAACCUGGUCAUCACGGACGACACUUUCAACCUGGUGGUCCCCUACAACAAAGCAGGCCAUGCGCGAUUGGUUGGCAUCCUGAUCCCGGAUAAGGAUGACGGUGACACACGUGAAUCACCAGAGCAUGAGCACCAGAUCACGUUCGAAGACGUUCGACCCAAAAUUAUGCAAGCGAUGGAUCUGGAAAUUACAAAGGUCAACUGGUUCUCUACCUACCGCAGCCACCACCGUGUAGCCGACAGAUUCCGCAGCAAUCGGGCGUUCCUUGUUGGGGAUGCGGCUCACAUCCACAGUCCAGUUGGUGGGCAGGGUAUGAACACAGGCAUUAUGGACUCGAUCAACCUAGCGUGGAAGUUAGCGACGGUCCUCAAACAGACAAACAUGACCGAAGAAGCAAAACACCAACUGUUGGAAUCAUAUGAAUCCGAACGCCGCUCCUUCGCCAUGAUGAUAGUUAAGUCUACCGACACGGGUUUUACGACAUUGACAUCAAAAGGAUUCUUCCCAUACAUUCUUCGAAACUGGCUGAUUCCGUAUCUUGUGCCACUGCUUUUGAAGUUUGAUUUCGCCAGGACGAGAAUCUUCCGGGGCGGGUCUCAGCUCAUUUGUAACUACAGGGGGAGCAGUAUUUGUCAGCCUGGCCAAGGGACCAUACAGCCCGGCGAUCGUCUCCCGUGGGUUGAAAUCAACCAGGUGGACAAUUUUUCCACCCUUCGAGGGAUUUGUUGGCAGCUCCAUAUCUAUGGGGAGUCUUUACCGCAAUUUGAAGAGUGGGCCCGGAAGAUGAGUGUGAAAAUUUUUGUAUUCCUUUGGCAGGACCAAUACGCCAGAGCUGGACUGAUUAGGAAUGCCGUCUACUUGCUGCGACCUGAUCACUAUAUUGCAGGGAUUUUUGAGGGCCCGUCCGUUGAGGGGUUGGCCGAGUACUUCUCUCGGGGUUUCACUUAG